AUGACUCCUGAAGAACGACGGUACCCAACAGGCUUUUGUAAGGCAACUCCCGAAUCACUUGCAGAUGAUCAUUUAACAAAAGGCAACAAUUUACGGUAUCGUGGGAAGACUUCUGAAGCUGUAGUGAAAUACUGCCUCGGGCUUAGCAUUGAGUACAAAAAUUCAGCCUUACUCAAUGCACUGAAUGAUUGCAUUGAUGAGGACAAGUCCAUGUCGUCGUUGAGCGAUAAACUUCACCAAACUCUUCAGACGGCACAAACUUCAAGUUCCGGUCAUCUAGUUUCAGAAAUUUUGAACAUAAUCGGAAAUUAUUUUUUUGAACAGCAUCUAACUUCGGAAGCGAUAACGAUACUGAAGGCCGCUAUGCAGAUUGACUGUGGUCAUUCAGAAGCAAAAUGCGACGCAGCUGUCAUCCUUUCAGAAGCCUUCUAUGCAACCAAUAAGUUUGAUAAAACUUCUAAAAGUUUGAACGACCAGUUUCAGCUAACUGAACAUUUUGGCAACGAUCGAUCAAAAAUCAUGGCCCAUGAACGAAUUGGUGACAUAGCUCUCCGUAAUGGCCAAAUUUUUUUCGCCGUACAACACAUUAAAGAAGCUUGCUCGUUAGAAGUCACUUCACUGUGCGAAACAUUGAUAGAUGCAUUGAUGCAACUGGGCGACUACGAUGAAGCUGAAACUGCAUUUGAAACUUAUAAAACGGAUACCACAUCCAGUCUGUUGGCGUUGGCAAAAAUUAAGAUGGCUAAGCAAAACCCUAAAGCUGCACUGGAACAUUGUAAUGAAUAUUUGAAACGAGUAGAAACGUUCGAUGAGCAGGUUCCUGCAAUAAUCAUUAAAUGCAGAUGCUACUUGAUGCUGAAUAAUGCAAGUGCUGCAGUUGUGCUGUUAGAUUCGGCCAUAAAAAGAUGCUCAUUUGAUUCAGUCGUUUUAGUUUCGGCUGCUCUAUUUUUGGGAGUUUUAAGUGAAUGUUACUUAGCCCUUAAUCAGUACAGAAAAGCCCGCAAAUGGGCGAAGGUACAGCUGAAAAUUGCAAUUUCAUUAAAAUCACAGCACUUGGAAGCUGAGGCUCUGAGACAUUUGGCAGUCAUCUAUCACGUUGUUAAAGAUUUUUCAAAUGAGUUAAUUUUACUGAAACGUUACGAUCAACUGAUCCAUGGAGAGAAAAUUGAUGUUAGAAUAGAAAACAAACUAGCUGUGGCUAAGCUUUACGAUAGAUUUGGGAAAACUGAAGAUGCCGAUAAAUGGCUUAAAGAACGUUUGUUUCUUGCUGAGCAAACCGGAAGUAUAGCACUGCAAAUUGAUGCCCACUCUGAUCUUACUAAAUUUUAUCGGAAUCUCAAAAAUGCGAAAAAACAAUACGAACAUUUGCUUAUUGAGGAAGAAUUCUGUAAAAAUUGUUGUUCGAGUUCAAGGAAAGCCUUUGUGCUGGAAGAUCGUGCUGAUUACGAGAUGGACUGUCAAGCAUACGAAGAAGCCGCCCUACUGUACGAGCAAUGUUUGAUGCUGUCACAAGAACAAGAAAACAUGAAACAAGAGGCGGCGAUUUGUACAAAGCUAGGUGAUCUGCAUUCACUGGUUUUCGAAGAGGCUGAAGCACUCCGUUACUAUCAACAAGCAUUAGUUGUUUCACAGCAGCUUGCAGAUCCUAAAUCCAUGAUGGAAAUAUACGCUAAAAUUGCAGAGUUGCAUAAGCGGACAAACUCGACAUCCCUAUAUUUGUCGACACUAAGGUACUAUGUGACGUUAGCUGGAUUCUUAGACGAUUUGACUGCAAAACUGGAUGCGUUGAUAAAAAUUGGAAAAACACUGCUCAAGCUAAACGAAUAUGCAAAAGCCAGAAAAGUGUUUGAAAAAUCUUUAGUGCUUGCCAAGCAAGGAAGUAGCGGCCGUGAUGUGGCAUUAUUGUAUGGUCAUAUCGCAAACUGCUACUUAAAAUUGGGAAAACGAAAAAAGGCAUUAAUGAACUUUUGCCGUCAACUUCCUUACCUGGGGGAGAUUAAUGACGUUCAAGGUCAGUGCGAGAUCCUUGGCCAUUUAAUUGAAGAAAAAUGCGCUAAACGAAGUGCUGGAUGGGCGCUUCGUUUAUGUAACGCUAGAAUCGCCCUAUCGAAACGCGGCUCCGAGCAAUUACAACUGACAGUUCUGAAAGAGUCGGCUGCUGCGGCAAUGCAGUUGAAUCGCACUGGAGAUGCCAUUACGUUCUUGGAAAAGGCUCUUAUUCUAAGCAACGAAAUACAGUGUAGCGAUAAUCGAGAAAUACUCGAACUCCUCGGAGAUGUGUACUGUCGUUGUGGUCUAAUCAAUAAAGCUCUACUUAUGCUAACCGGUUAUCUGAACGUUUGUCUAGACCAAAAAGAACAGUGUAAAUGUAUGCUUCUGAUAGCUCACCUAUGGCUUCAUGACGAUGAGCCAGAAAUUGCAAAAAAGUAUUUGGAUGCCGCGCAAGAAAAACUGCUAUCACAAGUUUCCUCUGCUGACUGUCAGGAACUCUGGAAAAGACUUACGUAUGCGUUAGCAGCCUGCUACUUUUCGAUGCAAGAUUACGAACAGUCCUUGAUUUACUUGAAGAAAUUCAAAUUUAUUACAAUGGCAUCAAAUUCUUCGCUGGUUGAUGAGACUGAAGAAGCUUCCUACCAAGCUGCUUUCUCAGAAACACUGCAAGCCCAAAUAACUAUUCUUGAAUGCUGUACAGAAAGCUGUACUCCGUCUGCUGUUAUCAAUGCAGUCUCAGAUAUUAUCCAAAAAGACGAAAGCAAAAAUAUUCAUCAACUUUUGGACGCAUCUUGUUUGUAUGAUUGGGUUGUCGACGAUAGUCUUGUGAACAAAUGGGGAAAAAUUCACCAACUUAUGGCAGGCAAUAAGCCUGCUGAUGCUCUAUCACUAAUACGGCUAGAUAAUCGAAAGCAUUUGGACCUUCUAACCAUUGUAGAUAAAGCAAUAUAGCAGUAUUUCUGGGCAAUCCAUAGUCUAUCGCAAAAAUAUAACUCAACUAAAUAUACCGUUGAGAAUUUGGAGAAGAAAGUUCUUACCCUGCCGCAAACAGCAAUAUACGAAUUUCGUAUGGGAAAAUUUGGUAUUACUUGGAAAAUUGAAGAGAGUGGUGUCGUCAGCAUGUACGUCCAGUAUCAUCAAAACUCAUUGACACCGUUACCAGUACUGUAUUCUAGGCUGCUAAACAAAAUAAUCACAAGAAGUCAUCUGAAAUUAAUCACUGAGAAUGAUGAACUGUUAGCCGACGCAGAGCUGCUCUUUAAUGUGAGUCGGUCAGGGACGAAAUACAGUCAUGAAAUGUCAUUUUUUGGGCCGCGUAGACCGUCAAAACAGUCUCCUUUGCAAUCGCUAUUAGUCUCCGGUUUUACUAGUGCCUGUUUAAGCCAAUUAAAUUGCUACUACGAGACAGCUGAGGAGGAUAUGCUCGAUAAACUUCAGUCGGCUUCUGUGGCUAUUUUUAACUGUCCACAGUUGUUGAUCAAUGGACCGCAGUUAGAGAAUACUUGUCUACGAACAGAUGUGAUAAUCCUCCUAAACUGUGAAAGCGAGCGAUUAAUCGUCAGUUUUCUACUGGCUGGUGUCGGCUGCGUACUUAGCUUUCAGAAUACCCCACCAGAAAACCUAUUCAAAUUCGUUAAACAGUUACUAAGUAGUCGAGAUGUGUCAAAGUGCGUAGAAAUGUUUUUUGAAGGGGAUAUCAGGAUCUAUGGUAAUCGUCAUCAGCAGAUUACAGUUUCUGAUACUUUGGAGAUCGAACAUAUCUUGCCAGGAUCAACUAGUUAUAUUUAUCAAACUUUAAAAGAUCAAAGGGAAACGGUUGAAGAGCCAAACAACGCCGACCUUGAAAUCCAGCAGUUAAUAAGAUCUUUUGAGAUAAGGAAAUCCAGGAUCCGACGUAGGAAGAAAAAAAGGGACGGGCUUGUUUCACAAAAUUACCUGUCUGAAGAGGAAGGUAAAAAUCUGUCUUUGUCUGUUUGGCUGACAACUUAA